AUGGAGCUGAACUUAUCUGUGUCCUUGGUCCCCACUGUGGACUCUGUGGCCAUUGACAACUGCACCUAUACAGAAGCCUGGGAAUGGCUGAGCAGUCUCCAACCCAAGUUCAUGGCACUUAUCAGCAUCCUUGGUGUGGUGGGAAAUGGCCUUGUUCUCUGUGUCUUCUGCCUGCAGCAGAAACCCUGCACUGUGGCUGAUAUCUACCUAGGCAACCUGGCUUUCGCCGACCUGGUCAUGGUUCUUUGUUUGCCUUUUUGGGCAGUCACCAUCGCUCAGGACUACCAGUGGACCUUCGGCCAGCUGCUCUGUAAGCUGGUAAACACAGCUAUCUCCAUGAACUACUUCUGCAGUGUACUGUUCCUGGUCCUGGUUAGCUUGGAUCGCUAUUUGGCCUUGGCCAGGCCCAUGAAUCCCAGCCGGUUAAGGCGUGCAGCCUGGGCCAAGCGCAUUUGCCUGGGCAUCUGGCUGUUGGGCUUCCUGCUUAGCAUUCCGGCUUUUCUCUUCCGAACUGUCAGUUACAUUCCUGAUUUAGAUGUUCAUGCCUGCAUUCUGGAGUUCCCUCACCCCAGGUGGAGGAUCCAAAGGAACCUAACCAAUAACAUUCUUGGGUUUGUGAUUCCGUUGCCGAUAAUUGCAUUCUGCACCCACCACAUGGUGAAGGCUCUGAAAGACGGCAGUGCGGGGGCCCAUCCGAGUGUGCGGACGGAAAGAAGGGCCACUCAUCUGGUGCUAACCGUGCUAGCCAUCUUCCUCUUCUGCUGGACGCCGUUCCAGGUGGUGCGUGUGCUGGACACCCUGGAUUACUUUCAGCUCAUGCCAGGGUGCCUGUUUAGCCACAUUCUGGACAUUAGCAUCCAGCUGUCCACCUACCUAGCUUAUGCUAACAGCUCAAUUAACCCUUUCCUGUAUGUGGUUGUUGGGAAGCACUUCAGGAGAAGAGCUAAAGGGGUGUUUAUGAAGCUCCUCAGCCCUGGCUGGAAGGACAGCUCCACCAACAUCACUACUGCUAGCAAGUGGAGUGACAGCCGCAAAGACUCGUGCGUUGCUGAACAGAGAAUAGUUCCGGUGUGCGUCACACCUGUCGGACCUGCAGGGAAGCUAAAGGUUCUGCCAGGACGGUGAUCUUCAAAGUUGGCUGAAAUUCAUACAUUAUUUUUUUUCUCCUCUUGCC